CAACAAAAACAAAGAAUGACUGAGUGGUUUUCUUUAUUAAAAUUUUGUUAUCCUUCAAAUAAAAUAUAUUCAUGUUCUAAAUAAUUACAUUUCUAACAAUUAUAUUAUAAACACCAAAACUUAUAUAUAUAUAUUAUUCUUCUACACAACACACGAAUUUGGUGAACGAGUCAAAAUGAAAAUCACUGUCACAACGCACGAUGAUAAUUUAUUUGUACUCGACGUCAGUGAAGACUUGGAACUGAUCAAUUUCAAAGCACUAUGCGAAAUGGAAACGGGAAUCCAAUCGCAACAAAUCGGUCUCAGCCACAACGGUCAGCUGAUGAUAGACGACUUCAAAACUAUGAAAACGUUGGGCGUUCGCGAUGGGGACGUUAUCGUAAUCCAAAAGCUAACCAACAACGGAAUGGGCAGCGAUUUCAGCAACUCGAGUACUAAUAUCCUGCCGCAAUUCGAUUUCAGUCGUAUUCAAGUGCCCGGAACCUCUAACGGAAAUCAGCCUGCCAGACAAAAUCAAAUGCAAGACGCAGAAUACGUAAGGAAAUUGUUUCUCUCGAGCCCCGAUCAGAUGGCUCUCCUGAAACAAAAUAAUCCGAGGUUGGCUGAUGCUCUUUCUUCGAAUAAUUUAGAGGAAUUUGCAAAAGUCAUGGCCGAACAAGUGGAAGACCGCAAUAGACGUGAAAACCAGAGGAUUAGAAUGAUGAAGGCGCAUCCUUUCGACUCGGAGGCACAAAAACUAAUUGCUGAAGAAAUACGGCAAAAAAACAUAGAAGCCAACAUGGAAGCCGCAAUGGAAUACAAUCCGGAGAUGUUCGGAACAGUCGUCAUGUUGUAUAUUAACUGUAAAGUGGACGGACACCCCGUCAAAGCGUUUAUCGAUUCUGGAGCUCAAACUACGAUCAUGUCGUCGGCGUGUGCUGAAAGAUGCAACAUAAUGAGAUUGGUCGACGUCAGAUGGGCGGGUAUAGCUAAAGGUGUUGGCAUACAAAAAAUUAUCGGCAGGAUACACAUGGUCCAAGUAGCGAUUGAAAACGAUUUUUUGACUACUAGUUUCUCCGUGCUCGAGGAACAACCCAUGGACAUGCUUCUAGGAUUAGAUAUGUUGAAAAGACAUCAAUGUUGUAUAGACUUAAAAAAUAAUGUUUUGAGAAUCGGAACGACCGGAACAGAAACGCCUUUCUUGCCCGAAAACGAGCUACCGGAUUGUGCACGUUUGACCACGUCCAGCGAUUACGAUGUGGACAAAAAAGAAGACAAAGAGUUGAAGAAGGCGAUGGAAGAAAGCAAAAAGAUGUACCAAAGUGGUGAAUCUAGCAGUAGUUCUUCUCCUAGUCAUUCGUACAAAGAAUCCGAUAUCAAGGAACUAAUUAAUAUAGGAUUUUCUCGGGAACAGGUAAUACAAGAACUCGAUCGGUUCAACGGAAAUAAAAAUCAAGCGAUGGCAUCUUUAUUUGCCAAAAUAUUGAAAUUUUGACAUUUGAUCGAAAUCGAUAAUGUCGUAAAUUUAACAUACUCGUCACUAUUAAAUGUUUUUAGCCAAAAACAAUUGUAUUUUAAAUGGAAUGAUAGAUUUAAAGUAGCUCUAGGUAAAUUUGCAAAAAAAAGAGUCCUAUAUAUAUAAGAUAAGUUGUGUCUGCCUCAAUAAAUUUGUCAUUUAAAAUUGUUCUUUUUUUGCAAAAACAAAAUAUUGUAUCCGUAAAACGGACGUUAAUGUUAGUUUCGUUUAUGACUUGUUUUACAAAUACUAAAUUUAAUUUAAAAAGUUUUUUUUUUUUUUUUGAUUAGGAAAUUAUAGUUUAUUUUUAUUUAAUAGCGUUACAUAAUAGUUCUAUUAUCAUCUUUUGUGUAAAAUGUUAACUUUUUUUAUACUCGCCUUCUUCAUAUUGUAUAAAUUUAGAAACUUUUAUUAAUUAUCGUAGUAAUGUCGCAGAAUGAACGGUCAACUACUCUCUUUGGAUGGUCCAAAGUGAAAACUUAUUUCUAAAUAUUAAUUAGAUACAUUGUAUAAAGGUUCGGUCUAGUAAUAUUAAAGAGCAAUAUUCGAGUGUAUUAACCAAAUACUAAUUCAAUACAUCUCGAUUAUUUAUUUGUAAUGAAAACGAGGUGUUCAAAAUACAAUUCUAAUACAUGAUUAUGUGAAAGACAAAAACUUUUUCAUUUAAAACUGUUAUUAUUUUAGUACAAUUUAUUUUCUGCAUUAACAUAACAUAUUAAUAGACUGUAUUUAUAUUUAAAAAACAAUGACUAUAAUAUUGUAAUACAAAUUUUGGUAUUUAUUGUUAUGAUAAUUCGAGGGCUAUUGAAUAUUGUAGUUUUAGUAAAAUACCAAAAAAGAUAUAUAUAUAUAUACUGUGUAAUAAUAAUAAUGUAUUAGUGUGCUAACGCAAAUGAAUAGGUGAAUGUAUUAUAUAAAUAUUUAAUAUAUUGGAUUUAUCCGUUUGGUAUGUAAAUUACCGUAGUUAUUCGACAGAUGUAUGUAUUGGAGUAAGGACCUAUUUUACUUACGUGUAAACCGAGUUUAACUCUAUUAAACA